AUGGCAACGAAAUCCGCUUUGACGGUUUAUAAAAGAUUAAUACGUGAGUUAUCACCAAAUAACUUACUGUUUUCCUACCGGUCGUCACCAAUCUAUCUAAAAAUCAAAGAUGAUUAUCGUCGCUAUCGACCAAUCACGUCCAAGUAUUGUAAACAUACUGAUGAAGUUCUCUUUGUCGCACGUACUUAUCUAACUUAUUUGGAAAGUAUUCGGACGCGCAAAAUAAUCCAUUCGACAUACUCAAAAGGUGAAAAGACGGUUCAACAAGCAGCCAAUAUCGUUGGUUUGGAACUACCGAAAACAACCGAUCGACCACACUUGCCACUCAACGAAUAA